GUGAGGCGCUCCACAAAUCUCUCACCUCCUCUCUCUCUCUCCAUUUCUCUUGUCAUCUCUCUAAUAUCAUUGCACAUGCUUAAGUUAGUUAGUAGUGUGGUCAUGCCUGCUUCAGCUUAAAAGUUGCAGCUGCUAGCUGCUCUGUCUCCAAGGGUGCGCAGGAUAAGGAAGUAGCGAGGAGGAAAAAUCUCGCACUCACUUAACUGAGCUGAGCUUGAGCUACUUUCUUCCUUGUGAAAUUAUGGGUUUUAGCAGAAGAUUGCUUCUUUGGAUUUUGAGCAUACUGGGUUUGCUCUCUAUUGCCUCUGGGGCUCGCCUCUACUCUUCCUCGGUUUCAAAACAGAAGCUGGACGUCCAGAAGCACUUGAAUCGAUUGAACAAGCCAUCUACCAAGUCCAUUCAGAGCCCGGAUGGAGAUAUCAUUGACUGUGUUCCCAUGUCCAGCCAGCCAGCUUUUGACCAUCCUUACCUCAAAGACCACAAAAUUCAGAUGAGGCCUAGCUUCCACCCUGAAGGACUGUUUGAUGACAACAAAGUGGCUGCUGCUGCUGCAGCAGAAUCUAAAGUGAGAGCAAAUCUUAUCAAGCAGUUGUGGCAUGCUAAUGGUAAAUGCCCUGAAGGAACCAUUCCAAUCAGAAGAACAAAGCAGGAAGAUGUUGUGAGAGCUAGCUCUGUGAAAAGAUAUGGUAAGAAGAAGCAUAGAAGCAUUCCAAAGCCCAAAUCAGCUGAACCUGAUCUCAUUAACCAGAGUGGCCACCAACAUGCGAUAGCCUAUGUCCAAGGAGAUAGGUAUUAUGGAGCAAAGGCCACCGUUAACGUUUGGGAACCAAAGAUACAACAACCCAAUGAGUUCAGCCUGUCUCAGUUAUGGAUAUUGGGAGGAUCCUUUGGUGAGGAUCUCAACAGUAUUGAAGCUGGUUGGCAGGUCAGUCCAGAUCUGUAUGGUGACAACAACACAAGGCUCUUCACCUACUGGACAAGCGAUGCCUAUCAAGCAACUGGGUGCUACAAUCUGCUAUGCUCAGGCUUUAUCCAGAUCAACAGUGAGAUAGCAAUGGGUGCAAGCAUCUCUCCUGUUUCUGGCUACCGCAAUUCCCAAUAUGACAUCAGUAUCCUUAUCUGGAAGGAUCCAAAAGAAGGGCACUGGUGGAUGCAGUUUGGAAACGACUAUGUGUUAGGGUAUUGGCCAUCUUUUCUGUUCUCAUACUUAGCAGACAGUGCCUCCAUGAUUGAGUGGGGAGGUGAGGUGGUGAACACAGAAGCAGAUGGGCAGCACACCUCGACUCAAAUGGGGAGUGGGCGUUUCCCCGAGGAAGGGUUUGGGAAGUCGAGCUACUUCAGGAACAUUCAAGUUGUGGAUGAUUCCAACAAUCUCAAGGCUCCCAAGGGACUUGGCACCUUCACUGAGCAGUCCAACUGCUAUGAUGUUCAAACUGGCAGCAAUGGCGACUGGGGUCAUUACUUUUACUAUGGAGGCCCUGGUAGAAACGCCAAGUGCCAGUGA